AUGACGCCACCAGCAUCUUCGCCAUCGUCUGUGACCGCUCCUCGUUCACUCCCAGCGUUGUCUACUCAUGGAAGUACUAGAAAAAUGUCUUAUCUUGAUAUUUCUGCCAGUCUUUACCAUAAAAAGCAAAUACUUCGUCGUAAAACACAGAAACGCGGUGUCAUUUCGAGCAGCUCCAGGAAGCGAAAAACGUCAAUUCACGAGUCUUUUAGACCGUCUACAAGCUCAUUAAUAGCUUCAAAUGGUGCUACUAUGGAUGCAUUAAUCGAUGCAACAGGUGUCAAGUUAUCGGUGAUGCAAAAUGGACACUUUCAGUCAAAUGUUCAUUCUCAGACGGAAGUCUCGGCCACAUCUUCAUCGUCAUCUCCGUCUAUUGCAUCACCUGUUGGAUUGCGAUCUAGGAGUGUUCCAUGUCCAUUAGAAGACAGAGAAACAGCUACAGAUUCCAAGACGAGUCAGACACCUUUGCUAAAGCCUGGAGCUACGAUUGGUCUUUCAGUCAAACCACCAGCACCUCAUUCAUUCCGACUCUCGGACUUCUUUUACAAAGAAAUCUUUGGUGUUCAUGAUAUUCAACAGGGUGAUGGAGUCCACUUGGAACGUGUGCAAAACUUUUUUGUCGUGCCGUUAAAUACCGAGAAGUUGUUUCUAUUUGGAGUGUUAUUGGCGCUAGAUAGCUUUCUCUAUGUAUUCACGUACAUGCCUCUAAGGAUUUUAUUUGCCUGUGGAUGUGCAGUAACAUCGAGUUUUCACGCACGGGUGUUUCGACGAACGCACUUUUAUGAUUUAAUGGUGGCUCUCAUUAUGGCCGUGGGAACUACGGUAUUGGGACACGUUGACAUGUCAAGAGUCUACCACGCAAUUCGCGGCCAGGCAAUGAUCAAGCUCUAUGUGCUGUUUACAAUGAUUGAGAUCUUUGAUCGCCUCUUUUCAUCGUUUGGUCAGGAUGUACUGGACUCACUGUAUUACACGGCUAAAUAUCAUCCGCGUCGGGUUACGCGUAUGUUCCUGGACUUUGCAGUAGCAAUCGUCUAUGUGGUCCUUCAUUCGAUGCUGUUGUUCGCGCAGGUCGUAACCUUGAACGUUGCAGUGAAUUCAAGCAACACAUCACUGCUUACGCUGCUCAUUAGUAACAAUUUUGCGGAGCUUAAGAGUUCCGUGUUCAAGAAAUUUGAAGAACAGAAUCUUUUUCAGAUCAGCUGUAGCGAUAUCGUCGAACGAUUUAAACUCCUCACGAUUAUUGGGCUCAUCCUACUCCAGUCAUCUACAGCAGAUGUCGCGUGGGGAACGACCAUGGUUUGGGUGGCGGAGAUGCUGAUUGACUGGAUCAAGCAUGCUUUCAUCACCAAGUUCAACCAGAUUCCGCCCACGAUGUACUCCAAGUUUAUCACGAUUCUUUGUCGUGACCUCACGGGCUGGAAGAGCGAGGAUACGAUUCUAGAUCACACGCACCACGUGUCCAAGCGGUUGGGUCUCAUGUCGUUGCCUUUGGCGUGUGUCGUGCUGCGUAUGCUGUCAAAGGCUUUAGUAGAAGCCCCGGUUGUAUUUACGUCACCUAGCGGUGUCUUAGUUACAGUAGCGUUUUUUCUCUGUUUAGCAGCAUUCAAAGCGCUACUGAGUCUUGUGCUGAUGAUCUAUGCCUGUAGAUCCGGCCGUUUGGACGAUACACGUCCAAAGAGUCCGCGGUCUGUACGCCACCUCGAGUCCAUCCACCGAUACAAUUUCUGA